GCAACAGCAAAGUGAAUUGCACAAAAGCAAAACAUUAAGGAUAAAUUCAAAUCAUAUAACCAAUGCUAAGUUCUCAAUGGUUUUGUUAUAAAGAAAUGUUCUAUUCUUUUGAGGUGAUUAGCUGUCAAUUUAUUAUUAGAACUUGUAUUAAAUGCUGAUAAAGGAAUUUAUUUUUAGAUAUUACUAUUAAAUUUUGUUGAUCAAGGUUUUUAUUUUCAUCCAUGACUAUGAUGUCAUUUUCUAUUUAAUACUUUUAUGAUGAACUUAAAUGGGUUUGGUUUGAUGAAGGAAUGUAUUUUUAGAUAUUACUAUUAAAUUUUGCUGAACAAGGUUUUCUAAUUUUAGCCAUGACUAUGAUGUCGUUUUCUAUACUUUUAUGAUGUAUUUAAAUUGGUUUAGUUUUUUUGGCAUUAGAGUUACCUCCCUUACAAUGGUUUUGUAUAAUUUUCUAACCAUGCAGGAAUUAAGUGCAAAAAAAGAGCCAAAACAAGCAUUUUAAAAGUUUCCAGACAAUAACUUAUGUGAAAGUGUAUGGAUCUCUUAAAUUGUACUACAAGGUUCCAUACUACAAAGGAAAGACUGGGAUUGAGUUUGAUGGUUAAUGCUCCAAGGGGGAUUCAAAAAGUUUGAAAGGGGUGUUCCAAUAUUUUUUUUCAACAUUUUUCAAAUUUCAAAUUUUUGAAAAGUUACAAGAAGAAAUCUUCAAUUGCAAAGUAUUGCGCAUUAAAUUUUUAAAAUCUUUGACCACAUUUAUUUUGUGUCAGAAACCUAUAUUAUGGCAAAAAUUUGAUCACAAUCCAAAUUCAGAUAGUAUCAAGCUUGAAUAAUGUGUCCAAAUUUGUUCAGGGCUAGGCCACUGCGGUCGUAUCAGGCUGCGCUCAGCGAAGCAUUUUAUUUUGUUUUGCUUUCAGUUUUUACUGCACAUAUCUAGAACUGUAUCUCCAAACACACAGUAUAACACAACUAAUUCCAGAAUACAAAAUGAUCACUGCGAAAACUAGAACACCGAAAUAAUGUGAAGCCAACGAAAUGGACUAAUUGAUUAUGUUUAAGAAUAAUAUUGUUUUGAAGUCGGUUAACUAAAAAAUAGUGUUAGCCAUGAAUCAAAGUGAACGUUCCAAUUUUUACAAAUCAAUCACAGGAAUUGGCAUAGCAACUCAGUCAGCAUGCCAUGUGUUCGAACAGUACUUGACUUCAAAGAAACAAUCACUAGAAGAUUUCAUUAAUCAUCACCGGCAUGAUAUAUGCCAUUUAUGUUACAACAAAGUUAAAUGUCCUCAUUGUACUACAGGAUACCAGCUCCCCUAUGAAAAAGUGCUCUGUUUAGACCAGCUGGACGAUUUGUUUGAUUCUGGCUCAAAAUUACCAUGCCAUAUAUUAGGAAACCUUCCAAAAUUCUACUGUUGUAAAAGUCGAAUUAGGAUUCAAAUAAAGGAUUUAGAUUUGACAUUAAUACGCUGUCUUCUUGUUAAUUUCUGUCAAGAAUUAUUUUUGAUCGAUUGCUUAAAAGCAGGGACUUUUGAGGACUUCUUGAACAAAAGUAAACAUGACAUAUUUCAUAUGUGGCAGGUGAAACAAAACUGUUGCCAAUGCCACGCAGGAUACACACCGUGUGAAAAGAGAAAGUUGUCAGAAUAUGAAUGGAAAAGACUGUUUAACAAUUCAAUAACUCCGUGCAACUUCCAUACACAUGUUUCACGCCCAAGUCCAUGCUCUGUCGCAGCUUCUAGUGGUAUCAUGUUGCAACAACUAAACAGUAAAUUGAGAAUCACUUUACUGGAUUUUUGUGAACUGAAGAAGGAUCUGGAAAAACUAAUUAAACUUCGAAAUAAUAUCCAGGGACAUCGGGCAGCACGUGAGAUGACGCAUAUGGCUGAUGCAGAGUUCAAUGACAGAUGGAUGGAAAUAGAGGACGUCACAUGUAAUUUGAUUCGGCAUGGCAUUCAGGACACUUAUAUUGCAACUCAAAUCGAAGAUGAACAAAUAAGAGAACUGGUAACUCUGAAGAAUAAAAUACUAGAUGAUUUAGAAGAAAAAAGAAAACAAAGAAUUGCUUUAACAGAGUUAGAAAUCGAGGGACAGAUGAAAAGAAAUAAUUUUGUAAAGACCAGAGCUGUCGAGGAGGCUAUCAAAAUAGUGCAAUCUCAGAACAUGGUGGUACUUACAGGAUCAGCCGGCUCUGGAAAGUCUGCAACUGCUAUUUAUUUAUUGAGACAUUUUCAAAUGACCAAAAACUAUCAACCCUUGAAAAUAUCAACGUUUACAGAUCUUUCAAUUCUUGUUAAACCAAAUACUGACGAACCUGUCAUUGUGCUUUUGGAAGACAUAUUUGGUCGAACAAAUUACACAUAUGUGGAAAACAGUGAUAGAAAUGUGUUAGGCGAAUUGGGUACAUGCAUGGGUAACAAAUUGAAAGUUAUCAUAACAAUACGGACAACAAUAAUGAAAUCAUGCAUGUCCUUGUUUUACACAAGCAAUGUGUUCUGUGGGCUUCAUGUUGUGGAUUUAUCAAGGGAUUUUCAACUAGUUAAAGCAGAGAAGAAAAGUGUUUUAGAGAGAUAUUUAGAGUUGAAUAACAUAACUGUAUCGGAAUGUGGAAACUGCAUGGACGAUCAAUUACAAACAGAUACAGCUGUUACUAUCAACAAUAAAGUUAUAGAUGAAAUAGUACACUUAGAUACUGUGAGUGGUUUUCCGGAAAAUUGUCGUCUUUUUACAACCAUUCGAUGUUUUACAAGACUUGGUAUCCACUUCUUCCGCCACCCUACUAUCUCACUUAGAAAUGAAAUUGAUGCUUUGAGAAGAGCAGACGGAAAUGACAACAUAUCUUUCAAACUAAAGUCCAAGUUCACUACAUUAGUAUACAUGCUGUUGAGUAACGACGUUCUGCGUAAGAAAUCAUUAGAUUUCUGUAAAGUGCAAGACAUUUUUAAAUCUGUGAAUGGUGGUGGUACAAUUAUGGAACACCAGUUUAUUGAUGCAGCUGAUGAUAUGAUAGACCAGUACGUGACAUACAGUUCUCUAGAGAAUGCGUAUUACUUCCAGCACAGAAUAAUAGCAGAAGCUGUUAUGAUUUCCUACAGCAAAUGUAACAUAUCACAGGUGAUAAGUAUGUUGAAUCCUGACUUCAUUGCUGAAAUGGUGAAACCAGACUGUUACAUAGAAAAAGAAGGUGAAGUGGUUUUCAAAAUUCCAUCAAAUAAUUAUAGACAUCUUGCAACCGUUAUUAAAGACUUGCUGCUUCUAAAAUCUAUUGAUGGAUGCUUUAUAGAGUAUAUUCUUUCAAAAAGUGAAAUUUUUGAAAACGUGGAAUUUCUGUAUGCAAUUGUAGAGACAUUUGAAUGUCUAUUCAAACCAAAAGAUUUUUUGUCAUAUGAAGAUAUUGAGUUAAAAAAACGUGCGUGUAAACUUUUGGACUUGACAUUUAAAAAGACUGCUUCUUUGAAUAAUAUAGAUUGCUUGCAUUUCAUCUGGAAAAUAUUUGCCAAAAAAUGUAUAACAACCCCGUCUUUUGUACUUUCAAUGUGCAGCGUGUUCAUUAGAUUUGAUAAAGAAAAAUAUCAGAAGGAGUUACUGGAAUGGAUGGUUUUGAAUAGCAAUCAAAUGUUUAUUGAACAGUGUUUGGAAAAGACAUGUUGCUAUCAAUCUCAUUUCCUGGAAACAUUAGUAGAUAAUGAAGCUUUAAUAAGUAAAUUGAAUGAGGUCUUGUAUUCACCUGGAGACAAUAAUGUCCAACAAAUAAUCAUUAACCAUGCAUGUCAACUAGGCAACUACGAAAUCUUUCUUAUUAUGAUGAGAAGAUAUGGCGACGAUAUCAACUUAGGAGAAAUAUUUCUGAGAGCAUGCUCUAAUGAUUUUGAUGACAUAACAAUUGUGGAAUGGCUUAUUGAUCAUUACGAUUUUAAACUAUUGAAUAUGCAACAGGCUUUUGAAAAUAUUUACAAAUUUUGGAAUAUUUACAAGAAUAUUAUAAAAUCUAUAUUAAAAAGUAGUGCAAAUAACGACAAUGAAUUCACAAAUAAGCUUUUAAUUGAAGCUUUCAAAACUGGAAAUCUAGAGUCAGCUGAGUUUCUAAGACAAAGAAUCGAUCUUCGAACAUUUGAUAUCAGAACAGCUGUAUAUAUGGCAUGGAACAAUCAUGUAUAUGAAAUAAUUGAAUGGUUACUAGAACAGUCACGUGUUAUGCAGAUAUCGUCACAAAUUGAUGAAAUACCAGUUAUACGAAUUAUGAAAUGGAGAAACCUACCUCAGUCAAGUAACAUAAGACAAGUGCUAGACGAUUCAAUAUUGUCAGGAGAUUAUGGAAUGGAUCUCAUAACAGAAGGAAUUAAACCCAAUAGAAUAAUAGCGUUAAAAGUAUUCAAAGUUGUAGCUAAAUCUAGUGGUGACAGGCAACAAACCUUCGUCCAAUCGUGUCAUCGAACAAAUUUUAACAUAGAAGGUGUCUUCCUUGAUGCAUGUAAAUCAAAAAACCUUGAGGUGCUUGAAAUGGUUUUAAAUUAUUAUGACGAAGACACAUACGGUCAAAUAAUAACAAAAGCGGGUGAAGACUUUUAUAGCAUUAACUUUUAUAAUGUCUGUCAGUUCUCAAAGUUGCCUUCCGUUAUUUUUCAGAAUACGCCGAUUGAUUUUCUUCACAAAAAUCCUGGCUUGUUUCCUAUUGCAGUUAAAGAAGGAGAUACUGAGACAGUUAAAAUAUUUUUGAACGAAAUAGAUUGUAAAAAGCUCAAGGCUGAUGAGGCAUUCGGCUACUCUUUGGAUAAUCGAACAUUACAAGUCACUAAAUUAUUGUUAGAUAAUUUUCCAAUUUCAGACUUUAAGAUAUCUACACAUCUCAUUAAAGUUAUCGAAGCAGGAGAAAAUGAAUGUUUUCAACUCAUUCUCCAAAAUGUAAAUAUCGAUUUAUUAGAUAUUAAUGAAUUACUCAAUGUGAUAAUCACUAAUGGAAAAUGCAAAGGCUUGUUGUUGGACGUUCUUCAAAGAAAUAUUUCUAAGCUCAUUCUACAGAGCAAAUUGCAGAAUAAAUUCUUUCUAGCAUUAAAAAAUGAGGAUUUAGAAGUAUUUGAAUUUCUCUUGCGAAACGUAGAUCAUGAAAAUAUUGAUGCCAAAAAACUCGUUAUUAAAGCAUUGCAACAGGGGAAAUUUAACUUUGCACUUCUACUUUUGAGAAAGGUUAGUGUAAAUGAACUAAACAUGAAGAAUGAAAUAAAAGAUGCACUUAUAAAUUCUAUUAGUUUGGAAGAUAAAACGUGUGCACGACGAAUACUCAUGAACUUUCCGAAUGUGAAUUUCAGAAAAAUUUUGACAUCUGCAACAAAGGAUGGAGAUGUAUCGAUUAUAAACGAUAUAAUAAUGAAACGGGAUGAAGACUUUACAUUUGAAAUUAAAGAAUAUAUGUGGAUUGCCAUUCAUCAUAGACAGCCAAUAGCCUUAAAGUUUUUUAUGGAACACAGUAGUUACAUUUGUAACUUGGAUGUUAAAUCAGAAUUUAUUGCCUUUGCAGAAAAAGGCAAAACCAGGAUAUGUGAGUUAUAUUUGAAAGUGAUUGAUACUUAUAAUACUAGAUUUACACUAACAUCCAAAGAUAAAACUGUAAUGAACGACGAAAUUUUCAGUCUAUUUGAACUUAGUUUUGUAGAUGACCACAUCGAACACCAACGUAUGUCACGAUUACAUCUGAUAGACUUACUAGAUUUAAUGAAGUUAUUAGAAUUGGCGUGUUGUGCUCUGCACGAAUGUGAUUUUUAUAAUAACGAAAAGUGUUGCGCUAGCAUGAUUUUGAUUAAUUUCAGUGAAGAUAUUGUGGAUGGAUGGAUUACAAUAAGGCAUUUAAAUCGUUUUUACUUACAACGUAUAUUUUCUCAUGUAUGCCAUAAAUGUAAAAAAGGAAAACAAUAUAGUGCCAUAGUUUCAAAAUUUGAAAAAAGGUAUGGCACUUUAUUCCAUGAAAUAUCAUAGAACAAAGGUCAACGAGUAUGGUACACGUAGAAUAUUUUUGAUAAUUGACGACCAUGGUAAGUGAUAUUAAGAAAAGUUAUAGGACAUACUGUUCAAACGAAACGGAUGUAGUAUUUCUAAUUUUUCAAUAGGUAAACUCAUUAAAUGUUUACUGGAUUGCUUAUCUCAACUUCAUCAAAGGAUUAAAUCACUAUGUGAAAGUUGCUGUCAACAUUUAUGCUAUAUGUUAUUUUAAUCAAGCAGCUAGGCCUAACAAUGUAAGAUUUCAUAUUACAAUAUUAAAGCAAGCUUGGUUGAUUUUAUAGUCGUAUUGAGUUACAUUACUGCCAAACAAAUACAUGGAAUUAUGAACAUGCUUGAACGAGUAAGUAACCUGUUGGAAGAAAUGUACAAUCAGUACUUGUAGCAAGCUUUUUGUGACAUGAUAUGAAAACAGUGUAUUCAGACAUAUUGGUCAUAAGCGUUAAUAAUGUCCCUGGUUUAGUUACAGAAGGAUGCAAUGUAAACGUUUUGGAAUAAUUUAACAAAACUGCAUGAAUGCCAGCCUUAACAUAAAAGAAGCCAUGUUCAUGUUUUUCUUACCGUGAAUGCCUUCGAAGAAGUAGAUUUGAUAUAAACUAAAAUACACCGAAAUUUCCAUUUUAACACUGAAUAUGUUGGAGAUCAGAACUUACAUUUUUGUAGUUCCUUGCACGCUAAAAUACAAGAAAAGAAUCAAAUUCAAAUCAAAACGUAGUGAAAGAGAAACAAACAUAAUUGCCGAACAAGUGUGUUUAAAUAGUAAUCACCUUUACGAUUUAAUAGUGUGCUGUGUACUUUUUGUUUUCGGUUAUAGUUUGCAGUAUUGUUUAUAUAGUUUAUAUACGAGUCUAAAUUCCCGUUUUAAUUGUUUUACACUAGUAUUUUUUUACCCUUUAUAGCUUGUUGUACGGUUUAAGCACAAGGCUCCGUAUUAAAGGCCGUAAUUUGAAAUAUAAUUGCUAACUUUUUACACAUUGUGACUUGAAUGGAUAGUUGUUUCAUUGGUACUCAUACCACCUCUACUUAUUUAUAAUUAAUAUUACAUAAUUUAGCCCAAAAAGUGCUAGAAGACAAUACGAUAAAAUUUUGAUUCCACGGUGAUUUUUUACGAAAAUUUGCUUAAAAGCUAUUUUUCAUCUAAGUAUUUUAAAUAUGUAAUGAAAAAUACAUGUUCAUGUGCUACUUUUAGAUACAGAUUGGGUCAAAUGUUAGACAUUUACUAAAAAAUAUUUUUCUUGGACAUUUCUCUCCUUUUGACAUACCAUUUGCACUGCACUUCCACACAAUCUUAUCAAACAAAAGUUUUCCUAUUAAAUUACAUGGUCGUUUGGUAAAUCUGAAUGCAAAUAUACUUUCUCCAACUCAUUUAAAACCUUCUUCUCUAAUAAGAAAGGUACAUAUGCUGGAUAUAAUUACUGGAGGUUAAAUGAGAUGAAUGAAGCUGCUAAUUUUCUCCUUGAUAGUAUUGAUGUACGUUUCAGCAAUAAGGUUUAUCGAUAGGUUGUAGAUAAUCCUAUGGGCACCAAUUGUGUCCUUUUAAUAACAGACUUGUAUUGUUAUGAAUCACAGUUUAUGACCAAACUCAGUAAAGACCCAUUUAAAUUGCAUUUAAUUGAUGAAUUCAACAACACUUACCAUUAUUUUGAUGAUAUUUUGCUCGUUAAAUAAUCAUGAGUUUUCUAAAUAUACUGCCGAAAUUUACCCAAAGGAACUUACUUUAAAUAAACCAAUUUUAAACGGUAAUUACUGUCUGUUGUGACGUUUUGUAUUUUAAUCAACGUAAUCUGGUAAAUUAUUAAGUCAUGUAUUUCGUUAUAACAAAUAACUUAAAACAUUUACUAAAUUCUUCUAUACGUAUAAAGUUUUGAAGAUUGGUUGAAACUGAAGAAUACUUCAUACAGGAUAGCACAUCCUCAUGUUUACGGAGAUGUUGAUCGAUAUAGGAACGAUCCUGGUAAAGUUGUCGAUGAUUAGAAUAAACUUAUUCUUAAAGGUUACCAAUUCAAAACUGUAAUUGGAUCAUUGAAUAUUGUUUUUAUUCGUAUUAAAUAUUGAUUUUAUGAUCAGUUAAUUAAAAUAAAACUAAAUAUUAUUUGUAUAUACAUAUGCACAUACAUGGCUUUUCAACAUGUCGAUACAUGUAUAUUGGCAUUGCCCAAGAUCAUGUUUUUCUCUGACUGUUUUAGACGUCUUUACACUUAACCCAUUAAUUUGGAUGUGUACCGAUUGAAAAGUUAAUCUUAGGUGCAUGAUUUUUUUUAAGAGGUGUUAUUAGCUUUAACUAGCUGUCAGUAAUUGCAAGUACUCUCAGAUCUGCACUCAGUGUUUUUGUUGUGGAGAUGUAUAAAUACCCGUCCACGUCCACUUUUUUGUUUUUUGUUUUAGUUAGAUGAAUUUCUAUUUGUAUCUAUCUGAUGAGUUAAAGAGUUUAAACCCUUUUAAAUUAUGUUUAUAGUUUGUUCUUAUGUUGUAUUGUUACACCACUGUCCACGGUAAGAUAAAAUUGGCGCCCUCAAAAGUGUUUAACCCAUUCAAAUUAUAUAAGUGUCUGUCCAAAGUAAUUCAGUGGUAAUCGUUUGUUGAUGUGUUACAUAUAACCUUAAUGGGAUUCGUAUUAUUUCGUCUUCAGUCCAUGUGAUGAAUGUGUUUGUCCAAGAUAUCUAAUUAUUUUUCUACAUGGAUAGAUACGGUCCUUAACAAUUGACAAAUGACUACAUCACUUCUUGAUCCAUUACAUUUUAUAUUUGUAUUCUCUGUUUUUACCUGUAAUAAUACAUAUGCGUCAGUACAUUAUCAUGUAUAGAAUAAUAUUAUACUAUCAUUUUGUUUAUUUUUUAUUGUAUUUAUUAUUAUCAAUCAUAUUGAUAAUGAUUUAUAAGCUUCAGUAAUGUUUUCUGAUUAUUGUUAUUAUUAUUGUUAUUAAUAGUUGUUAAUAUUUAGUGAUAUGCAUUUAUGACCAUCAUCAAAUGAGAAUACCCAAAAUUGUUAAAUCGAGAAAUGAUUAUUUAUUUAUUUUGAAUUGAAUAUGAAGAUAUGAUACUUA